AAAAUAAAUUAGUUAAACACGUGCGGUAUGAUUAACAAAGCAAAAUGAGUGAUAUCAGUGAAAAAAAAAAUUUCAAGUUAAUAAAAAAUAAAAUAUUAAGAAAUGAAACUUAUAGAAAAGAGAAAAAAGAAAAAGAUAAAGAAAAAAGAAAACUAAGAGAGAAAAGAAAAAGAGAAAGAGAUGCACUCGGAGAAAAAGCACCGCCAAAAAAAAUGCAGAAAACCUUAGAUAACAUGCGAGUUAAGGAUGAAACAUUUGUUGAUAUUGAGGAUGAAGAAAUAUUGCAAGACACAAUGACAGACGAAAUGGCAUCUUAUUUUAAAGGUGAACAAGUACCUAAAGUUUUAUUCACAACUUGUAAUCGACCUAAAUGUCAUGAAACGCUUAACUUUAUAGAAGACUUAGUUAAAAUAGUUCCUAACUCAGAAUAUAGAAAUCGCAAAGGAAUAGACCUGAAGAAAAUCAUUCCACAGGCUGUUGAAAGAGGUUUUACUGAUCUUGUCAUAAUCAAUGAAGAUCAAAAAAAAGCCAAUGGUUUAAUCAUUUCUCAUUUACCUAAUGGUCCAACUGCUCAUUUCAAAUUAUCUUCCGUGCGAAAGAUUCGAGAUAUAAAGAAUCAUGGUAAAACAUCACAACAUCGACCAGAGCUUAUACUUAAUAAUUUUAACACACGCCUUGGUCAUUCAGUGGCCAGAUUGUUAGCUGCUUUGUUUCCAUACGAUCCACAGUUUCAAGGAAGACGUGCAGUUACCUUUCAUAAUCAACGAGAUUUUAUAUUUUUUCGACAUCACAGAUAUGUUUUUAAGAACGGAAAAAAAACUGGAUUACAAGAACUGGGCCCGCGCUUUACACUAAAGCUGCGGUCUUUGCAGAAAGGUUCUUUUGAUUCAAAAUAUGGCGAAUAUGAAUGGAUUCAUAAGAGGAAAGAUAUGGAUACUAGUCGGCGCAAGUUUCAUCUUUAACACUUGUAAUUUUCUACGCGUAAAAUUAAAUUUUUUGACUUUUAAAAAAAAAUCAAUGUUGUUUGUGCCGA